UGCAAUAGUUGCUGCUUUCUCUACCGAAUACAGCUGCUGCAAAACAGUGCGAUUACCAUGCUGAUCUGUUAAACCAGUUAAACCAUAGCUUGAUGAUCGCAGGCAAUGCCCUUGAUUCGAUGUAAAAAUAUCCUCUCUGAUUCGUCGUAUAUCUGUUACCAUUUGUCAUGUCUACAUUAUGCUCUCUUGCUCCAUAAGUCCGCCUGUCUCUCUCGUAAAUGCACACUAAAAAAUAAAUAGAUAAAAAAGAAAAAUGCCCAAGUCAUAUGAAGGCGGGAGGAUCCAGAACAAGCCAUAUACUCAUGGAAGGCAGUUUCUAUCCUUAUAGGUCCAUCCUUCGGUACGACCCACCAGCGUGAUGGACUCAAAGCGGUACGAACGCAGCGCCAGAUCGAAUACCGAAUCGCCACCCACUCCGCCCUCGCCUCCCAUGUAUAGCACAGGUUACACCACGACACAUGACAGCCACAAGAGCAGAAUCGCAGGUACGCGGCGUUCGCCUUCACCUGCCCUGGAUUACCAUCGAAGCAGUAGAUCCUCACGGAACGACUCCCCACUCCAGGAGCGACGUAAGCGCCGUCGUAGCGGCUCCAGGUCGUCCCCAGUCCGCUCCCACAGACGGUCCAGGUCCAAUGAUAGAGACAGGGAUCGCGACAGAGAAAGAUCACGCAAGUACUCAAGAAGAGACAGAUCGCGUUCGAGAUCACAUGGUAGGUCUCGUUCGAGAGACAAGAAACGAAGUCGCAGUCGUAAUCGCAGCAGAGAUAGAGACAGGCACAGGUACAGCCGCAGGCACCAUACCAGGGGAACCUCGUAUGAAUCCGAUGCCUUAGAGGAGCAUGGAGAGUUACACCAAACAGCUGCUGUUGUCCCACAACCCAAUGCCUUCAAAAAUGACGGUAGUUUUAUGGAGAUGUUCAAGAAGAUGCAGGAGCAGAUGCAACCUACCAUGCAAAAACCCACUACUUCAGUACUGGAGGAAAAGCCUGUGGUGCCGCCGCCGUUGAUGGUGGGCAAGAGGAGGGGUGGUAGGAUCUUAAAGACUGGUAUGGUAGCGAAACCAAAGACAGAACAGACAACAGAACAGCCAAAGGACGCGUGGUCCUUGUAUAUGGCAGAAGUAAAGAAGUAUCGAGAGGUUUGCUGCCAGGAGGAGGAUAACACGCGACCGUUGGUUAAAUAGCUUCGACAAUUCGUCUUUACGUACUUUGGCUCAUUAUUUUCCUUCUAAGACACUUAUAGUUGAUAGUUAAUUCUUAAAGCAACAGAUACUUCUCGAAUGCACCUUUCGUUCAUUUUGUUUUGCUAUGAACUUUUUACGUUCAUUUAAGAUAAAAUUUAUUUUUCAACGAUCUGAACGAAAGAGAACAAGUGCCGUGAGAAACGGACUCAUUUGUGAUAUAGUGUCGUGUAUGUGUGUGUGCGCUUUGAGAGACGAAUGGACAAGAGCAAGAGAGAAAUGAUAGAAUUUACAUUUAUGGGCAAAUAAAGGGGCUUAAACAAGGGAGGGAGAGAGAAGGUGAAAUGCUACACAAAUUCAUGCUGAAAU